CUAAGGAAGCUUUUUUUAUUAUUACUACUUCUUCUAAUAUUCAAGAUUGUACAAAUAAACCAUUGAGUUUAGCUGAGAAAGUUAUUAUACCUAUUUCUAACCUUUGCAAUUCUACUCUCACUCUAUUUGAUAAUAGCAGAGUUAACUCUUUUGAUGAUCACAAUGAAGAAUCAGCCGAAGUUGAAGAUGAAUCAAUUGAAAUACCAUCA